AUAUGAUGCCUUUCUCAAAUCAAACGGCAUUUGAGCUAGAACUUCAACGUCUUCGCAAAGAGGCAGAAAACAACACGUUUCCAUUGGGAAACCUCUGGAUCGCGGAUACUACUGAGCUGCCAAUUACGUACACUGGUGUAGGUCCUGUAAUAGUGAGCAAUAACACUACUAACAGCGAACCGAAAAAAUCAGUAGAAAAGAACGACAAUACAGCGGACGAAGCUUAUUCUGACAAAUCAGGCCAACCCCUUGCUGCUCAUCGUGGCCGUCCGAGCAUCUUUGUCGGGCAGACUAGUAUUGACAGCGGUACAACGAAUGCAGCUCAAGUCCCAUCACCUCCAAUUGAUAGCCCACCUGCAACAGAGUCUGAUACAAGUCCGUCCCAGAUAUGGCCACACUGGUCUACAAUUUUAUCGAGUAAACAUCUGAAGGCAAUUAAUCAAAGUGCGAAUAUUUCCUCCUUUGGCAAACCACAGACGGGCAGUUACUAUAGCGACGCGUUUUUGUCUUUUCCACCUUCAAAACAUUACGACCUACAUUUUCAUUCCCCAACUAAGGUGUCCCACAAGAUUGUUACCGUGCCAUUUCCUGUCGUGCGUGUGCAGCCGGUUUAUUAUCCGGUCUACAAACAAGUAUCCGUUCCGAGUCCCUAUCCGACUGUGCAUGAAGGUCAUAUGCCCGUGCCUCAUUACAUUCCCGUACCGAAACCCAUUCCCCAGCCCAUUUAUAUACCGAUGCCAAAGCCCGUUCCACAGCCGGUGGCCGUGCCGCAACCGGUAGCGGUCCCCAAACCCAUGCCUUAUCCAGUCCCAAAGCCCUACCCAGUUCCAGUAUCGCUCCCAUCAAAGGACAAGGGCGUCAUUCAACUGGGGAUUCGCAUAGAGCGGCCUCAAGCGGCCGUUCCGCUGCGGCAGCGUGUGUUCCAGUUCCUUACUCCGGUCGUAGGCGACGCCAUCUCACUCGCGCCACCUAUCCCGCAGGCGGUUCCGAUACCGGUGCCAGUUGUUUCGCCGCCGAUAAUGUCCGGCUUUUCAUCUUACAGCCAGUUCGAUGAUCCGAUGAGUGGCAAGAUGGAUUAUCCAACGAUGGUGAUGAUGGGAGACGCCGGCAGCUUCGGCGAGAUGGCUUUCAAGCGCGUCGGCUACGGAGGCGUCGGCGGCGGCGAACUUUUCGGCACGUCGUUCGUGCCACAGAUGCCUGGUGAUGCGAUAGCCGUCCCGGAUAUGCAUGACGUUUCGGGCGCUGGUGGUACCGUUGAGGUGAAUAGGCGAAGUGAAAUAGAGACAGAACAACGAAAAAAUGCCCGCGAGGCUGACCGACGCCCACGACCGUUUCAAGGGAACCAGAUGAACUCAGCUAGUGAACAACAGACCGAGGUAAAAGCGGAACAACCUCCACCGCAAAAAUCAUCCUUAAUGCGUUUCAUACUCAAUGUAGAUAGUUAAGCAAUACGCUAUAAUUAUUAUUAACUGAUCCAUAACAAUCUCUAUAGAAAGAGUGAAAAUUCUCUAGAAAUGUCUUACUAACAAUUCCUGGACUGAUGUUUGCUAAGCUAAACAAUCGACUUGGUUUGACACCCCGCUAGAAAAUGCCAUGGCAUUGUAUAUACUAUAACAAGCAAUGCGUACUUAAACUCAUCGUGUACCUUAAUAAAUAGAUGGAAUAUUUCUAAUCUGUUUUGUGGUUGUUACAAUAUGUAGCGGUCAGAGAGACGGAUCAUGACAAAACAAUCAGAUUAAUGAAGAUAGAUAGCUAAAGUAUCUGAAGCUAGAUAGCAAUCCGCGUUUCAUCUAUUGAAUUAUUUGUUGUUUGAGAUAUAACCUA